AUGCAUAUCUCAAAUAAAUAAUCAGAAGAUUUGUCAAUUUACCAUGGAAGUGAAGUACAAAAACUGUAGGUCCCUUCGAAGAUUGAUUAUAGACAAAGUGCUGUGCCUGAUAACCCUUGCUAUAACUUUCGAUUUAGAAUUUUCAUAUUUUUCAGUUAUAUUGUGAUCACUCAAAUCGGUGAAAUACUGGGUACACCAUAGGAUGACAUCAAAGGAAUAUUUGAUGUAGGACACAAUUGCACUGAAGGAAUCAACAAAUUAUAUCAUUCUCACACAUGGUACUUAUUCAAUUUAAAUUGCAAUUAGGUUUGCUUCUCUGAUGCAAGUAAUCUCUGGCCUCAUUUUAGACUUUGCCUUUUUCUACGUCAGUCUUUAUUGGGUGUUUUAUGUUAGAAAUUUCAGACUGUUUGCUGCUUUAAUCAUAUUCUAUGGAAUCAGGGCAAUUCAUUUGAAUAUUUUUAAACUUCAGUUUGCUGAUAAUUACUAUUGGAAGGAUCCAGGAGUGCCAACCUUUGUUGUAAAAUACGGGAAUUAUUCAGAUUUCUUUUACUCUGUAAGAAUUUAUUCCUAAUCUAGGGUCAUGUGGGAUUUUUGGUGAUUUGUGCAUUGGAGAUGAGAAAAUUGGGCAAGAAAUGGUUCGCCUUAUUUUUUUUUAUAUCAUCCUUCUUUUAGGCUUUUAUAGUUAUUUCUUUUAGAAUUCAUUACACAAUUGAUGUAAAAUUUAAUAAAAAUUAUUAUAGGUGCCUGCUGGAUAUAUUUUUGCACAUUACUUUUAUAACUAAGUUUGCUAUUGGGAAGUGAAAAUUGACCAUGCAUUAUAUUGGAUAUCUAAUAAAUGUUGUCCUGUUAAAAUUUCUCAAUCAGCUACAUAAGCAACUAAAAUUCCUGAUUUAGAUACAGAAAAACCAUGA